AUGCGCUACGCAGUCCUCGUUACUGGCCCAGCAGGUGCUGGCAAAUCUACUUUCGCAAAAUCUUUUAUGACCCACCUUGCCGCUUCCAAAAGGACUGGCCAUCUCGUCAACCUUGAUCCAGCUGCAGAUCCGUCAAGUUUCGAAUAUGAGCCAACUAUUGACAUCAGAGACCUUAUCAGCCUAGAGGAUGUCAUGAGUGAGCUGGAGUAUGGUCCGAAUGGUGGAAUAGUCUACUGCUUUGAGUAUCUUCUGCAAAAUAUGGACUGGCUAGAAGAAGAACUUGGGGGCUAUGAGGACGAUUAUCUGAUCAUUGAUUGCCCAGGACAAAUAGAAUUAUACACACAUCAUCCAUUUAUCCCGACGCUUGUGCAACAUCUCUCUCGAAUGGACAUCCGUACAUGUGCAACGUACCUUAUAGAGUCUCAAUUCAUGGAGGACAAGUACAAAUUCUUCAGUGGAGUUUUGUCUGCCAUGUCCGCAAUGGUCAACCUCGAAAUACCAUGGAUCAAUGUCAUGUCCAAAGUGGACCUCGUCACAUUGAACCCCGAAGAUCCUUCGGGAGGUGCACGAAAUGGCCUACGAAAAAAAAAAGAUAUCGCGAGAUAUCUUGACCCAGACCCUCUAUUAAUUGCUACUACACGAGGCGAUAAGUCAGAUAAAACAAAUCCACGCUUCCAUGCCCUUAAUCAAGCUAUCGUUCAGCUGAUUGAAGACCACCCACUAGUAUCGUUUCUGCCGUUGGAUCUCACAGAUACUGAUUCAUUGGAGUAUGUUAUAAGCCAUAUUGACUAUACAAUGCAAUACGGUGAAAGUGAGGAGCCAAAGGAGCCUCAUGACUUAGAUGAAGGCGAUUUCCAGGAUUUGGAGUAA